AUCCACUGCCUCUUAAAAGUGAGCUCAUCUGGCACUGGGUUGCAUUGAAGUCCUCCACCGUGCCUGAAGGAAGAAUGCUUUUGGGUGGUGGGAACACGGAGAAGAUGGGGUCUGUCCCACUGUUCCUUGGAAUGCUAACCAUCUUGACCAUAACUGUGUACGUCCCAUCUACACAUGGAGAGCCUUUUUUACUACAAGAGAACCGAGUGCUUCCGGAGAGAGAAGACGCAAAUCAUGAGGACACACUGCUGACUCUGCUUCUUAAUAAGAAGCUCGCAUGGCGGAGGCCAGAAAAUAUUGACUGGGAGCUGGCAAAGAAAUUUGAAGAGCUUGAACAGCUGGAGAAGUUGAAGGAUCAGCUCUCAACUGAGGAAGGCUCAGAGGUGGCCUAUGCCUUGGAAAGUCUUUCAGCAUCUCAGCCCAGAAAACGCGCCUGCUUUUGGAAAUACUGCAUCUGAAGGCUCACCAGGACUGGAGGAUGAAGAUGAGCCCUUCCCCAAACCGCCUGGCUGGGUAUUAAUGUGUUAAGAGUUUGUUCUGUUCUCUCAUCGUGCUGCUAAGUUGGAUGCCACCCUCCAUGACCACACCACAGCCAAGUCUAACAGGGACUGUGACAGGAGCUGGUAGCCCACUACCACUCUCCACUGUUCCUUCCAUGUUUCAGCUACUGUGACCUACUGGGAAGAUGCUUCCCAACUGUCCUUGCUGCCCUGCGUGCACCGUUCAGCCUGCUGCCACUGCUCACUCCUCACCUGCUCACCAGGUCCCCCAAGGCACCGCUCACUAACGCGCUUCCCCUGAGCCUUGGGCCUCUGCCCACCUCUGCAGACGUUGCUCAUGGUGGUGUCUGGGUUUCCCGUCACCUUCUGCGAGCAGGUCUGUGAUGACCCCACACUGCUGUCGGGACAGGAGGGCAGACGGGGUGUAACGUGGAGGGCUCGGGGCUGCCUCGGCUUGCUGAGCCAGAACUGCUCCUCAGCAUGUCCCAUCAGCAUACACAGUAGGUUUGGGGGAGGACAGGCACAGAAGCCUGGAUCCUUUGGAUAUCAUUCCAAUAAAGGUUUUCUGUUGCACAGAAGCACGUGCUCUUUUCUUUCUCACCUCCUGCAGAGGCCCAAG